GAUGAAAACUUACAAAAUAAGGUUAGAGCGAUUCUGCCUCUGGAAAGACUACAGAUUUCUGCAAUGGAGAAGCUAAGAGAAAUACAAAAGUAAAGAAGUUUGAAUGUUACACUAAGAUUUGAAAUAUAAUGAGCGCGCGCGCGCACACACACACACACACACACACACACACACACAAAUAUAUAUGCAAUAAGAUGCAAAGAGAAUUUUGUGUUACAAAAAUCUUAAAGCGUACAAAGGGUUGUAGCUAAUUAGUAGAUCACGCUAAAGGCUCUUAAACGACAGCACAUUAGGGUUGAGAUUGCUUUGACGAUUUCAUCAACAAUACGUGUAACAGUCUAUAUAAAAUUUUUAUUCUACACAGCAUAAAUAUCUACUCACCGACAUACGCAUGUAAUAAAUUUAGAGAUGAAAAUGCAGAGGAUAUCAGAUAACAUAGUCUUUGAGGACUUUUUUUUAAAAGAAUUGCUGAAUUGGUUCAAAUUCAAAUUUUUCAAAUGGGUUGACACACUGUCCUGCCACAAUUGUAUGGGUGAAUGUUACAAUAACGGCUCAAGAGUUUCGUCUUAUCCCCAAAUCUCGAGGAUCGAAAUUCACAAAUGUAAAAUUUGCAAGUAUGAAAAUGAAUUCCCUCGUUACACGGAUCCGGAAGCUUUGUUGUACAGUCGCAAAGGCAGGUGUGGGGAGUGGGCCAACUGUUUUACAUUGAUUUGUCGAAGCAUUGGUUUUGAUGCCCGACUCGUUUACGAUGACACCGAUCACGUGUGGACCGAGAUUUGGUCGGUGGCGCACAACAGAUGGAUCCACGCAGAUGCCUGCGAGGCCGUGAUGGACCAGCCGCUUAUCUACGAGAAAGGCUGGGGUAAAAAGCUCUCCUACAUCAUAGCCUUCUCCAAAGACGAAAUUCAGGAUGUAACCUGGCGCUACACUCGCAAUUAUGAACAAGCGAUGAAACUCAGAAAGUACUGUUCCGAGGAGACUUUGGCACUAUUUUUACGGAAACUUAAUGAGGAGCGUCAAACUAGCGAGGGCUACAGCAGCGUUAGGAGGAAAUUCGUUCUGAAACGCUGUGUCAUUGAACUUGCUAACAUGAUCAAUGCUCCACCCGGUCACGAGAAAUCUGUCGAAGAUUACAAGAAUGAGGCCGAUUAUGUAGGUAGGACCUCUGGAUCAUUAGCUUGGCGGAUGUCUCGUGGAGAAUUUGUUAGUCCGACGCACGAAGUCGCACAGUGGUACAUUCCAGAUGGAAUUGCCAAAUUUGAAUUAACCUAUGACGUUACAACCGAUACGUACACAACAAUUAACAUUGCGACUAAGGAGACCUUGGAAACGAGGCAAAAGUGGCAGAAAGGUGUUGAGCACGUAGACGGCAAUAUUUUUCGGAAGGAAGAACUAGACUGGAAAAUGGUUUACUUAGCCCGGUCACCUGGAUUUGAAUUCGGCAAGAUUACCUGGACACUUAUGGUCACAGAGAAUAGCAAGGCAUAUAUCAAAUCGGUGAAGUUGCAAGCACAAGCAACAACUUUUAGCGGCGCAGUGAUUCAGUGGCAAGUUGAAGGUUUCUUUGCCGGUAAAACAAUAGAAAAGAGAAAGGUUCUAGCAGUCGACGAUUGCCAGAACUUCGAAACAGUAGAUUUGUGGGGUGCAGUUAAGAUAAGCGUUAGUGCAAUACUGACCGGCGACACGGGAGACUUGUCUUGGCAGCACGCUCAGCUCUUUCGUCAGAGUCUCAACAAACAUCAUAAACGAGAGCCCUCCUUACUCAUACAAGUAGAACUAGCGAACCUGUCUGGGUGAGGCAUAAGACUGCUGGUUAUAACCGUUAUCGAAGUCAAAUAAGCCCUCUGUGUGUGUAUAUGUUUGCGCGCGCGCAUGUGUGUGUUAUAUAUUAAAUUAUGCACCAUACGUUGAAUCUAGAUAUUUUUUCAAAAAAUAUUUCUGAGACUCUGUGUGAUUCGCAAAACUUAUUAGUUACUUUAAACACUCUGAAUAAAUGAUUUUUAAAAAGUUUAGAGCAUUAAAAAUAUAAAAAAAUUAAAUAACGACUGAACACUGUAUCAAGUUUAUAAAAAUAUCUUUAUACCAAGUUCGCUUACGUGAACGUGAUGACGAAUCAACGAUCAACGUAAUUUCAACAGAAAAAGUUUUCAAUUAGGAAAAUUAGUUAGGUUCACUGAACAAGUUGUAGAGUGGUACAGGUAUGC